CCUAAAUGGUGUGUGUCAUUCUUUUUUCUUUUUUUCUUUUUUCUCUUUCUUCAUCUUUUUAACUUUUUAUUUUCACAACAUGUUCGCUGCCACUCGUGCCUCUGCUUUCGCCGCCAAGCGUGCUUUCUCUACUUCUGCUGCUAACCUUUCCAAGGUCGCUGUCCUUGGUGCUGCCGGUGGUAUUGGUCAACCUCUUUCUCUUUUGUUGAAGGAAAAUCCUCAUGUUUCCCACUUGUCUCUCUAUGAUAUCGUCAACACUCCCGGUGUUGCCGCUGACUUGAGCCACAUCAAUACUAACUCCAAGGUGACUGGUCAUACUCCCGCUAACGACGGUUUGAAGGCUGCUCUUGAAGAUGCUCAUGUUGUUGUUAUCCCUGCUGGUGUUCCCCGUAAGCCUGGUAUGACCCGUGAUGAUUUGUUCAACACCAAUGCCUCCAUUGUUCAAGGUCUUGCUGAAGCUGCUGCCAAGUACUGCCCCAAGGCUCACAUCCUUAUCAUCUCUAACCCUGUUAACUCCACUGUUCCCAUCUUUGCUGAAGUGUUGAAGAAGGCUGGUGUGUUUGACCCCAAGCGAUUGUAUGGUGUUACUACUUUGGAUGUCGUUCGUGCUUCUCGCUUUGUUGCUGAAGUCAAGAACCUUGAUCCCAAGGAUGUCAAGGUCACUGUUGUUGGUGGUCACUCUGGUGUGACCAUUGUUCCUCUUUUGUCUCAAACUGGUCUCGAUUUCACCAAGGAAGAAUUGGAUGCUCUUACUCACCGUAUUCAAUUCGGUGGUGAUGAAGUGGUCAAGGCUAAGGAUGGUACUGGUUCUGCUACUUUGUCCAUGGCUUUCGCUGGUGCUCGUUUCGCUAACUCUGUCUUGGAAGCUACUGUCGGUGGUAAGAAGAACAUUGUUGAACCCACCUUUGUGAAGUCUGAUGUGUUUGCCAAGGAAGGUGUUGAAUACUUCUCUUCCCUUGUGGAAUUGGGUCCCAAUGGUGCUGAAAAGAUCCAUGGUCUUGGUGAAAUCUCUGAAUAUGAACAAAAGUUGAUCGAUGCUGCCAUUCCCGAACUCAAGAAGAACAUUGCCAAGGGUAACUCUUUCUAAGUUGAUUUGGAUUAGAUAGUUUAGUGUAGAUUGAAAAUUGGAUUAGUUUAGUUAUGUUAUAUAUUAUUAUUUUGUUAUCCUUUGGAAAUCUUACAUUGAUGUAAUAUAAUAAAAAUAAACAAUACAUUGUUUGUCAAUAA